AUGACAAAGCAAUGGAGAGAGGCACAGAUGGAGAAACACAGAGUGAGAGUGGGUGGGGGGAAAUGAGACUAAAAGGUUCGCAGAGAGAAAAGAAGAAACUGUUAACAACACCUUUGGACUCCUGACUCCUUUUCCGACCUGGAGGAGCUGACUUGCUGACUUGGUUCCUUAAAAAGGAGUAAUAAAUUAAGUGAAUUAAUCAUUCACUGAUAUCCGCUCUUUGACAGGAAACUAAAAUGAUCCACGGAAACUGUUCAGCUGCAGGAAAUGAGACCAUUGUGGGUACUCCAGCUAGCACAUCUAUGGGUGCCCUCAUCCUCAGCCUCGUCUUUGUCGUGGGCUGCCCUGGAAAUCUUUUUGUCAUCUGGAGUAUCUUGGCACGAGCUCGAAAGCAAUCUGUCACUACUCUUCUCAUCCUUAACUUAGCUAUCGCCGAUGGCUCACUGAUGGCGUUGACUCCGUUCUUCAUCAUUUACCUUGUUAAACAGAACUGGGUGUUUGGGAAUAUAAUGUGUAAGGUCCUCUUCUACCUGUGUCUAGCCAACAUGUACGCCUCCAUCCAGCUCAUCAUGCUGAUGAGCGUCUACAGACUGGUGGCUGUGGUGUGGCCACAGCGCGUCAGUAUUAUCACCAGUCAAAAGACUGUACCCCGUGUGCUGGCAGUGGUGUGGGCACUGGUAAUCAUUGCCUCUGUUCCUGCAGUCCUCUUCAGAGAAGCGAGGGAAAAUGAAUCUAGGAAGGUGUGCAACUCCUUCCAUGACUUAUGCAGCCAUGUGGUGUUGCAGUACACACUAGAGAUUGUGUUAGGAUUUCUAAUUCCUUAUACCAUCAUUGUAGUCAGCUAUAUUUGCAUCUUGCGUCGGAUCCGACGGACCAAGUUCCACCGUCGCAUUCGUAGUGAGAAGCUCAUCCUGGCUAUCGUGUUGACCUUCUGCCUCUUUUGGCUCCCCUACCAUUGCAUCAAUGUGGUGCAAGUUACAUGGGCAGUGUAUCCAGACGGUUCAGUAAAAAACACGCUGCAAAAAAUAUGGCAGCACAGUCGUGCUGUCACCUCCUCCAUAGCCUUCAUGAGCAGCUGUGCCAAUCCGGUGCUUUACUUCUUCGCAGGAAAGUCCUACAUCCGACGGGAAGGACUGGCAUUCAUGGCUCGCUUGUUUGAGGGCGCCGGGUCGGACUCAGUCACCAGGAAGAGCCGACAGAACAGUCAGAAUAGUCGUGACAGAGACAAAGAUGCAGAUGCUGUAAUGCUAAAAGACAGAGAUCCAGAUUCUGGCACCAAUUCAAGUUCUACUGUAAAACCAAUACAGAAUGGUCAGUAGAGGACAUGAGGCAGUAGGCUGACUUGGUCAAGCAAAAAUUUGGAAAAGUUUUAAUAAUAAUUUAUGCCCGGCUGUUUCCUCUCUUUUAAAAUGAGACUCAUAGAAAAGAUGUAAUCUGACAUAGUGCUCCUGGAACAGCUUGCAGAUGGAAGCAUCGGACACUGACAUGCUUUUGAGGUGGUGCUCAAAAAAGACAAAUGUAUGUAACAGAUAUGAGCCUUGCUCAGCUCUGACCUGUGCCAGAAGUAGAAAAACUGUAGGGAACUAUCCAGGAUUGAUGAACUGUACAUCUUUUUUUUUAAGGUUUGUCCACAGUCAUUUUGUUUAUGCAAUGAUGUAUUUGUAAAAAUGUAUCAUAAAAGCUCAGACAGAUCAAGUGUUACAUAUUAUAGAGAAUUGAAAGCUACGCUGUCAUGACUUGAAUGACAUUGACAUACUUUAAUUAUGAUAUUUACUAUUAAAAUUCACACCUGUGUCUCUA